AAUACAGCAUGUCAUAUAGUUUUGCUAACAUGGAAGUUUCUUCUUUCCUUCUAUAGAUACAUCUAAAUCUCAUGCAAUAAUACCUAACAUUAAUCACAACCAAACAACAAAAUAAUACACCAUUCUCUACCUGAUCUUCUUAUCAAAAACACCUUUCUGAAUAAAUUAAUCUAGCCAUUAAUUAUUAGCUUUAUUUUUUCAUUUUUUUUCCAUUCUUCAUUGUUCAUUCAUCAAAGUUCUUGUGUUUUUUUGCAGCAUUUGGAUCUGACGUUAUUUUCUGUCGGAACCACAUGCGUAAUUUCUUCCUCUCCCUCGUCGUCAUUAUUUAGAAGAGGGAGAGAUAGAAACCUUAAUCCUAUCAUAACUUUUCAGAUUCUGAUACAAUCUUUGAUACAAUGGGUGGUUGUGUGUCAGUCCCUUCAAAAGCAAUGAAAGCACCAAAGAAGCUUCACAGAAGAAUAAUAAGACGCCGUCGUCGAAAGAUUUCGAAUUCGGUUACUAAUGAAAUCAAGAAGAUGCAUAGCAAUGCAGGACUAAAAGUAACAGAUUAUUCAGUCAGUGAAUUUGUUCAUAUGGAUUUCGAAAACGGCGCAACGACAAAAUGUAGAAGAUCUGAAGUUUCUAAUUCUGCAUACCAUCUUACUCAACUUGAAUGGCAUCGUAGUCAAUAUGAUGCUGAUGCAAACUUAGUCUGCCAAGAAGAAAAUUACUUCGAUUCCGUGAGUAUUCUAGACUCUGAUUCCGACGACGAGUUCAAUAGUGUUUAUGGAGAUGGUUUUGCAUUGGUCGGAGGCUCGGUUGGAAGCUUACCGUGUAGCCAAGUCCUUCAAUACGAAGAAAGAUCGACGUGUGUUCGAGAACAUAAUUGUCAAUAUGAAGAGUAUCAUGAAAGUUAUGUUAAGGUUGAUGGAGGGAAUAACGCGGAUAAGUUAAUGAGUACGCGAAGUUGUGGACUUUCGCGGUUAGGAAAGAAUCAAGAAAGCUUUAAGGGUGUAAAAGAAGUUAAAAUCGAAGAGAAUGGUCAAGAGAACGCGAAGAGGUUAAGCUUGCAUCGGUUAGCGCCGACCGCUAGUUUUAAUAAUCGCCCGGGGAAAAAGUUAUCGACGAUUUUUAAGCUUUCGUUCAAGAGAAAAUCGUGUGAUGCCGAAGAAGUGCCCGAACUUGGUCAAUCAAAAAGAUGUUUGAUUCGUCCACGAGCGGGACUUAUAAUUCCGUGUCAGAACGGAGAGAAAAUGUCUACCGGAUGUUGGUCCGAAAUUCCACCUUCGACGUUUCAACUCCGAGGAGAAAACUUUUUCAAAGACAAAAAAAAGACACCUGCGCCGAAUCAUAGUCCAUACAUUCCAAUUGGUGUUGAUCUAUUUGUUUGUCCGAAAAAGAUACAUCAUAUUGCUAAACACAUUGAGCUUCCAAAUGUGAAAACCAAUGGAAUAAUCCCUCAACUUCUUAUUGUAAAUAUUCAGUUGCCUACAUAUCCGGCCGCAAUGUUCCUAGGCGAUAGCGACGGUGAAGGGCUGAGUCUUGUACUCUAUUUUAAGGUUUCCGAGACUCUUGAUGAACACAUUUCUACCCAAUUUCAAGAAAACAUAAAGAAACUCAUUGAUGAUGAGAUGGAGAAGGUAAAAGGUUUUGCAAAAGAUUCUAAUGUGCCUUUUAGAGAAAGGCUUAAGAUUAUGGUAGGACUUGCAAACCCGGAAGAUAUGCACUUGAGUUCGACCGAAAAGAAGCUUGUUCAAGCUUAUAAUGGAAAACCUGUACUCUCAAGACCACAACAUGAAUUUUACAAGGGUCCUAACUACUUGGAGAUUGAUCUCGAUAUUCACCGAUUUAGCUUCAUAUCAAGAAAAGGACUUGAUGCGUUUCGAGAUCGUCUAAAAGAAGGCAUACUUGAUCUUGGCCUAACCAUUCAGGCACAGAAACAAGAAGAGCUUCCAGAGAAAGUACUAUGUUGUGUUAGAUUGAACAAAGUUGAUCUUGGUGACAAUGACCAAAUACCAAAGCUAGUGACCCUUGAUGGUGAAUGUUAAGAAUUUUCAUGAAAUGUGAAGAAAAGCAUUCAACAAUAUAUAAACUAAUAUAUGUAAUAUAUUAACUUUACUUACUUUAUUAGCUGAGAAAAAAAAAAAAGGGAGUUUAGUUCAAAUAUAACAGAGAGACAUCUGAUUGCAAGAGUGCACAUCCGAACUGCCCCAAUUUCUUUAUUUUUAAUGAGCAAAAUUCAAACUAUUAAAUUACUAGAAAAAAAAAUGAGAGCUUUUUAUUGGAUAUGCAAAUUCCUGUAUUUAUGUAUUUAUAUUCAAAAAUGUACAUUCAAAAGAAAAAAAAGAAGUUAAGAGGAUGAUUAACAUGUAUUGCUCAAAAAUGACAUGAAAGGUCAAGUAUUUUUUUAUUA